AUGGCACAACAACAGAGAAGAUUUAUUCGAAGAACAUCGGCUAGAAGAAUUAGUCAAAAUCGACGUUCAGGAAGUCGUUCAAAUCAAAGACGAAGUCGAUCAAGACAACAGCGUAGACGUGUUCCAAGGCAAAUACGUUUAAAUGAUUUUAUGCCACAAGAACUACGUGAACCUUCACCAAAUCUUCCUAAUGAUUUUAAUUUAGCUACAACAAAUGCAGCUAUAACUACAGCUUCAAAUUUAAAUAAUGUGCCAGUUGAUGCAUUACCACAACGUAUCAUUUUUUCUUCAAAUAUAACUCAAUCGUUUGUUGUCAACAAUACAAAUGUAAAUGGACAACGACGGCGACAAGGCUCUGAUUCAAAUCAACAGCGACAACAAACAACUACAACAACAUCAUUUCGACGUCGAAAUAGACGAAUUCGCCAACGACAAUAUCGCCAAAAUCAAAAUAUUAUUGAAAAUAAUCGAUUUGCUGUAUUGGCUGAAAAUAAUCUUGACAAUGUUGAUUUAGUAUCAGAUGUUGAUGAAAAUGAACCAGUUCUUGCUACAAAUAUUAGCAAGAAAAAUCAAAAGAAAAAGAAAAAUCGAUCAUAUUUAGCAUAUGAUCGUAUAUUGGCAUGGAUAGAAAAUAAUACAUCGACAGCAACUAAUAAUAUUAUUGGAAAAAGUGGUAAUCAUGCUUAUUUAAUGGCUUCAAUUCCUGUAUAUGAUGAAUGGAUUCGAGCUAAUUAUGAUAUACAAGUUUGGGAAAAUUAUUUAAAAAUGGGUACUGAAAAUAAACAUUGGGCAAAAGAAAUUAUUCAACGUACUAAAAAACGUGAUAAUGUAGUCAAUACACAAUUUGUAAAAAAGAAAAUUAAUCAAUUAUCAGCCAUAGUUGCUCAAGCUAAUGCAACUAUAACGGAUUUAAAAAUUCAAUUGCAUACUUAUUGGUCACAAAUACCAGUUUAUAAAAAAGAAAAAGGAAAAGAAAAAGAAAAAGAAAAAGAAAAAGGAAGAGCAACAACUGAUGAUGCAACGCAAACAGAUUCUAAUAUAGAAGUCAAUACAUCAACACCAGCAACACCUAAAUCACCAGCUGCUCAAUUAAGUAUUGAUACAAUUCAUAAUAAAGUUGAUGAACUAGAAAAAUUAAUUUUUCAAUAUUUAAAACAUUGUACUCAACAUGUUAAGAAAAAGCAUGAAACUCGUAUUCAAGUAGCCAAAAUUCAAAUGGAUGAAUUUAAAGCUUUAGAAGAUUUUGAACAAAUAGCUACUCCAUCUCAAUGGAAUAUUCAUUUAAUAUUGAAACCAAAAAUGAAACUUUGGUCAACUAAAAAUAAAAAUUAUCUUGCAGCAACAAAACGUGUUGAAUAUGAUAUGCCUCCAAGAUUUAUUGAGAAAGUUGAUUUAUCAUUUAAAAUUGAUGAAUCAAUUAUCAAUCAAGAUGAAGCACAAGCUACAUAUAAUCAAAUGAAACAAAUUACUAAAGAUUUUCGUAUACAAGCAAUGACAUUAUAUGUUCAGUCAUUAGCUCGAGAAAAUGAAUUAUUAACAGAUGAAAUUAAACGUAUUAUUACAGGCUUCCCUCAAGAUAAUGAUGAGGGAGUUGAUGCUGAACCUGGUUAUGCAGCAUUUAAAUAUUAUCAUGAUUUACGUGAAAAACGAUUAAAAUUAGAAGCUGAACAAUCGAUUUAUUUUUUAGUCCAAGAGAGAGUCGAGGGCGAAACAAACGAAGUUAUUACCCCGACUCUUGUUCGAUCGCUGGGCAAGGACUUCUUGCUCCAGCCAUAA